AUGUACAACUCUACUGUCUAUGUCGAACAAGGUCAAUAUUUGGCUAUUGGCUUCGAUAAAAAUUCGCGUUCUCCAAGCUAUUUGAAUGCUCAAAGUUCGUGUUAUACACUUGAUAUUGAUGCAGUCAAUCGAGUCUAUAUGACCAAUGCUUCCAUUGAAUUUCAACAGAGUCCUGGACGAGUAGCAAUUAGUUUUCAAAUAAUUUUAACUUCAGAAUUUAUUCGUGAUAUAUAUCUUUGGUCAAUAUUUGCUGGUAAUUUCAAUUUGUCUAUCUGUUUGUGUUCACAUAGUCCGAAUCCAAUCGUAGCUGCACUUUUGGCUAGUAAGAUUCACAAUAAAGCAGCCGAAUUGGUCGAUGAUAGAGAACUACAAAGAAAACAUCUUGAAAAAAAGGAAGAAUUCGAUAUACAUGCAGUACAAAUUAUUGAUAAAUGUUUUUCUCAAGAUGAAAAUUUUGCCCUACAACUAUUGACAACACAAUCAGAUUUAUAUUUCGGCUAUUCUUCGUUGAAACUAGCCGAAGAAACGAAUAAUCGUUCAUUUCUAGCCACUAGAUGUGUACAAGCGCAUGCCAAUCGACUUUGGUAUGGUCACAUUGACCAAUCUGUUAAUAGAAGAACUAUUAUUGAUAUAUUGGUCAGUGACAUAUAA